CCCCUCGCCAUUGGCCGGAGCCGCGGGUCUCCCCGCAAAGCGCGGCGGGGAUUGGUGGCGGGGCGGGGGCCCUCCGGCGGGGCGGCAUGGCGGGCGGCGGGAGCUGGCGGCCGCCGCGGUCGUGCGAGGACUACUGGUGGGAGUGGAAGCACUGCCGCGGCCUGCGGCACGCCUUCCACCACUACUACGCGCACGGGGCGAUGCCGGCCUGCGGGCGGUGGCGGGAGGACUACGAGGCCUGCCGCGCCUGGGAGAGGAGCCGCGCCGCCGACGCCCAGGAAGCUUUGUGCAAGAGUGAAAGAGCUCGAGUUAUGGAAAAACAGAAAUACGCUCCGGUGUGGACGCUCAGGAAGAGCCCGCCACCGGACUGGUAUCUCCCGCUUGACCAAGACAAACCAAAUUAGCAAGACUGUUUUGCUCUGUUUGGUCACUAACGUAAUACAGAACUAUGCUGGGUUUUUUUCUUUCAUGUCAUCUUGAAAUUACACAGGUGUAGCUCCGCUCUGCAGUACGGUAACGCUCAUUUAAAAAUACUGAGGGUUUAUUUAAACACUGUGGUACUUCUUAAAGGGAGAAUUGAGGCGUUUGAUUGGAUUCUGGUCUUCUACUACUGUCUUGUGCUUUAGGCUUUCAUCUCAGCAGGCAACUCCCAAAUCAGUGUGUACGUGACCUGGCUCCUCCUGCUCGACGAGGACCUCCUCCCCUACCGGGUGGUGUCAUGUGCUUUUGGAACAAGGCACCUAGCCCCGGCCUGCCAGGUGGGAGGACAAACGCAAGCUGGGCCUCCUCCCCGCCAGCUCAGGGCGAUCACAACUACUGGCAUUUAAAAGGUGUUUCCCCGGUUCACUGUUGACAUGGGUUGAGAGCUUCACGCCUGGUGGGAUGGUAUUGCAGACCCUGAAACGGCACUUUGCGGCACUGCUCUUGACUGGUGGUGUGUGGCGAUGGCAGCAUUCAAAGUUACUACAAAAAUAAAGGUUUAAAUGGCUGAA